CUCUCUCUCUCUCUCUGUCUCCCUGUCUCCGUCUCUGUCGCUCUCUCUUUCUCGCCACUUUCUCACUUCCCUCCAACCGACGCGCGCGGAGCGUCCCGUCUCAAAGCCGCCGCGCGGACAGGUCGCCAGCGAAGAAGACGAGUGAGAAGAUGCUGACUGGGUCGCGGCGGUUAAACGGCUCUCCCCAAGUGUAGCGCUCCGUCGAGGCAGCCAUGAUGGAGCGAGAGGGCUCGAUUCGGAGGAGUAUCCACAGCAAACUGAAGCUGGCAAGUGGCUCGUCCUCCAGUCUGACCGACCUCUCGCAGGCCAAAGCCCCAGCUGGUGGGUGUGGGGAGAAGGGAGGGACACCAGGGGGACUGGCAGAGGAGGACAGUAGGGACAAAGGGACCCAGCAGAGGAGGGCCGGGGCCAACGCCACGUGGAACAGCAUCUCAAACGCAGUGAUCUCGGUUUUCCAGAGGAAAGAUCUCGGAGAAAACGAGCUGUACACCCUGAAUGAAGGCGUAAGGCAGCUGCUGAAGACUGAGCUGGGCUCCUUCUUCACAGAGUGCCUCCAGAACCAGCUGCUCACAAAAGGCAUGGUCAUACUGAGAGACAAGAUCCGCUUCUACGAAGGUCAGAAGCUGCUGGACUCACUGGCUGACACCUGGGACUUCUUCUUCUGUGAUGUUCUGUCCAUGCUGCAGGCCAUCUUCUAUCCUGUACAGGGCAAGGAGCCGUCGGUGCGUCAGCUGGCUCUGCUCCACUUCAGGAACAUCAUCGCCCUCAAUCUGAAGCUGGACGAGGCCCUGUCCCGACCCCGAGCCAGGGUUCCUCCGUCCAUUAUACAGAUGCUGCUAAUCCUACAGGGUGUUCAUGAAUCCAAAGGUGUAACAGAAGACUAUCUGCGUCUGGAGGCCCUCAUCCAGAAGGUGGUCUCUCCCUACCUCGGGACUCAUGGCUUGUACUCCAGAGACAGUUCCUCCAACUUGCACUGCUCCUCCUGCCUCUUAGAGAAGCGCCUGCAGCGCUCCUGGCCCCCGAAGCCAGGCAGCUUCCCUGCCGCCAAGAACCCGGUGGUGCGCUCCAAGAGCUACAACGUUCCCAUGCUGACGCCUGUGGUGGAGUACGACGUGGACUCCUCCGCGGGAGCCGGCACGGGUAUCCGGCGACACUCCGUCUCUGGGAUGACUUCCUGCUUAGAGGAGAGCAGCUGCGUGUCCGAAUCCGCCAUCGACGCCACCGGUCACUCGCCAGCGUUCACGGCUUCUGCUGCACUCUCAGACAUUAUGACCUCUGGCCAGAACCACCAGUCCAGAGAUCCCGACAGUCCCAUGGAACCGCAUCCCCUGCAACCUCAGCAUCAGCGCAUCCUCCCGGAGCCGUCCCCAGGCGAGGACGCAGGCUGCCCGGGCUCGCUGGUGGCGGGUUCGCCUCCGCCUGCGAGACUGCUGGCUGAAGACGCGUGUUCCACUUCCAGUCGCUCGUCCAGUCCAGGGCUGGGGAUGGACCACGUCCUGGAAUAUUUAGACUCUGAGCCGGAGCAUGACGGUAUCUUUCUAGACUUCUCACGGCAUUGUUCUGAGGAGUCGCUGCACAGCAGGGACGGCAGCAGGCAGAGCGUGGCAUGACACUUACUUAUGCAAAGAGACAGACUCAGGGACGAGACCAUGCUGAGCCAUGACUAACAUUCCUCCCACCCUGUGUCGCCCCCUGCUGGUCUCUGGACACUUCAUCAUCAGGGAUUCUUUCAAACUAAAUUAUUUUUCUAUAUAAUAGUCACUAUAUUAAAUUUUAACCUUAACCUCACAAACUGUCAAACAUGUCUGUCGUGAUUUUUUUUAUCUGCUCAAGUCAAAAUUUCAGCUCAUAUUUAUACUAUUGAACCUUGAACUUUUAAAUUUUUAAUUUGUAUUAAUUUUAUGAUUUUAAUCUAAAGCAAUAGUUUGCAGGAACCUACUGGGUUUUCCCCACAGAUGGUUCUUAGAAUUAAAGACUGAAGAGAAAAACAGAAAGCAUUGGGAUGACAGAAAGCAAAGGCUCAGAUAAACAUACGUUCUCCUCAAACUGUCUAAACAGGGACAAACAAUCAUUAACAUGAGUUUUCCCUGUUUAUAUGUGGGAGAAAAUCACAUCCAGGCCACAAACGCUUCCUGGAUCUUAAUGGAUGCGGCCUUUAAAUAAAUCUGGUGUUUGCUGCGCUCACAAAUCAUGAAGCCAGAGUUUUCCCUAAACAAUGAGCUCAGUGUGGUGUUUCAACAUUCAACAUGAAGCGCUACACUUAACAACUCCCCGUGUUAUUGUUGGUUUGUUUUUGUUUAGUUUUUCAUUCAGUUGUGUGAUAGUUGUGUGCAGCCGAUAGGUGAGAUGCACCUGUCAGACGCGUGUGGUAGGGAAACGAAAAGAGAACAAACGCAUGUUUAGAAGAUGAAAAGCUGUUUCUAUCUGACCCUGCACACUCUACACUACAGAAGUGUAGAAUGUUGGUUAAAGGCCUGGUGGUUGCAGGUUCAUAGGUCAUCACGUAGGAGCAUCAGACGAGGAGGGGCAGGCACAUUUCAUACCAACGAUUUGGGUAAGUCGCAGGUGACAUCCAUCUUAUCUACCGUUGAGGUAUAAAACAAAAAUUUUCGAGUGGAAAAAUUGCAAUAAAUAAAAUGGAUUGUGACAUAGCACACAUCUGAUAAUUAAGAUAAAUAAUAUUAUUACCAUGAUCGACUAUACACUGUUUAGAGCUACUAAGAAAGUUCAUAUGACCACUGUACCAAGUAGCAGGUACAGUCACGAAUGCCUUCAUUAUAGCAGAGGCAACUGUUUAAAAUACAAAAAACAGGAGUAAAAAAUGACAAAAUAAUGUGAGAAAAGUAACAGAGUAGAUAAAACAAGAGGAGGAGGUAAUACAACUUUAAAGAUAAUCAAAAACCCCACCGAAAAAGAAGACGAAGCAACAGCAGCAGCAGCAGAAGAAGACAGCCGUUUGCAGCAAUAAAGUGAAAGGAGACAGAAGUGAAAUACACAAUACCAAAUUAAAACGAGACAACAAAAGGAAAAAUUGCCUCCUACACAAACCUUUCUUGUUAGGUUUUCCUUGAAGUUUUAGGUCACAAGAUGUUGUUAAAGCAUCUCACCGCGUAUCAUACUUUAUGACGGUAUGUGACACAAAGCGACAGAUCGUAGUGUUAUUUCUAAUCAGCCUAUGCAGUAACUUGUUGGUAUAAAUUAAUUAUAUGUGGUAUUUUACAUUAUUCUAACCAUUAUUCUUCAUUGUCGGAUCAAAGCCACGCCCCUAAUCCCAGGCCUCCAUCACUGAUAAUGCCUGUGCGUGCAUGUGCUGGGCCUCUAUUCUAUGGCCUAAAGAGUCACAGAAACAGUGUUUCCAAAACCCGUCAUGUCCGGUUGUGACGCGUUACGCAUGAUGCGUUUGUGCAAAGGCCAAAUAUUGAGUAGGGAUGUGUGUAAUUGCAUUGUAAUUGGUUUGUCGUCCUCCAGCCUGUGUGGGCUUAAACUAACACCUGUUUGUGUCUUAAACAGAAUCAGUUUGGUCCAACAAUAAGUCGUUUUCUUCAACUGUUGACAAGCUGUAUGGAGGCUACUGUGUACGGAUGUAUCUGAGUUGGUCCAUAUGAUGGAACUGCUAUUAGAUGUUGAUUUCAUUGUCCUCAUCAUGACAUGUCUGUCCUGCUUGUCAGAUUCUAAGUUCAUUUAAAGUUAAAGGUCUAAGAACGAUCGGCUUCAAAUUUACCUAAUAGUCUACGUCUACAGUUUUCGACCAAUCACAGAACCGGCUCUGGCCCCACACAGACAAACCUGGACACCGAAAUUUACCUGCAACAUGUUUCAGUCACUCACUGUGAUAUGAGCUGACAUGGGGCCAUUAGGGUUGAGAAAGCGUUUGUCAAAUUAUUAUUAAUUAUUAUUAUUGUCAUUGUACUGCAUAUUGUAGUUACAGUGGGGGUGGAGAGUCUACUGGGCUUUCAGCAAACUCAACAUCCAUCCAUAUACUCAGGAAGUAACUAAUAUAAAGGCACAGCUACUCUCUUUAACAUGGCUUCUAACAUAAGAACAUGCAAAAGCUACUACCUUUAGAUGGAAUACAAACAAACAUAAUAUCAAUAAAUACAUAUGCAAUAUAAGAAGUCAUUAUAAUGUAUGUAAUAAGCCAUUCCAUACCUCCAACAUGUCAGCAUCUGCCCAGAUAGCAGCUCAAACAGGAGCAAAGUCACUCUACUACACAGCUUAUAACAUACAAGCACACCUAGCAAAAGUUGCUACUUAUAAAUGGCAAUAUAAUAUGAUAAUAAAAGUGCAAAUAUGAUAUUCUGAAUCCUCGUCGUCAUUGUGGGCGCACAUAGGAUAAAUAGGCUCCUCAUCAUCUGAGGCAGAAUUCACCAUGCACUUUCUGCUCCCCUGGUCCACUCUCCAGAAGUUGCAGGACUUCCUCAGCUGGGUAAAACUUCACGACCUCUUUGUAAGUGACCAGAUAAGCAGCAGUUAUUGUAGAGACAUGACUAUUUAGCAACUAAGCUUGCAACACAACACAGUUAACAUACAUGUUAGAAUUUGACAUAACCCCAAAUCACAAGUCGAUUUGGGCUGUGACACGUCGUGGUAAUAACAGACAUAACCGUGUUCAUCUGCAAUUUCCUAUUGUCAUCACCCACCUGUAGCUCUAAAGUGCUAACGGCACUAACGGCUUAAAAGCAACACACAAAUAGGAGCGGCAGUGAAGCGGCCUUAUAUCGCAUGAGUGUGCAGCCUUCCUGCUUUGCUCUGUGUGGCUGUAGUCGUUAGCAGUAGCAGUGUCUGUGUAGCUGAUAACGGCGAGCUAACGACUUUAAAAAACACUGGAGC